AUGAAAGUAGCUCAGGCAAGUCUGGAUUGCUCUGAUACAAAAUUUGGGUGUUCAAGAGGAACACACUCUUGUCCUAAGAUACUCGUGGAAAUCUAUAACGUUACUGAAGUAUGCUAUCCUAACUAUGCCAUUUGCUGUGAAGAUAAAACACCAGUGUACCUCCCGAAAUGGAAACUUCCUCCAACUGGUGUUUCACGUUCUUCGUUCGAUAUAUUAUGUCCUAAGCCUUGGCGGUAUCAUACCUCAGAAGAAAUAAAUAGUUUACCAAAAGUAACCCCUCGAGGAACAUAUGGAGGAGGUGGUUAUGUUGCCGAUCUAGGCUACGACUUGCAAACAGCAAGAAACGUUAUGAAGAACUUAAAUGAGAACAGCUGGAUCGAUCGGCGAACUCGAGCUGUCGUCUUGGAAUUUAACAUUUUCAACAGUAACAUUAACAUCCUCGUGGUCGCACAUUACAUCUUCGAAUUCCUGCCAACAGGUGGUGUUUUCAAAUAUGUUAGUGUGCAAAUGUUGAGCUUGUAUGGAACAGAGAAUGGUUCAGUGCAGUUUGUCUUACUUUGUCGUCUUCUUCUCCUGGUCAUGAUCAUUGCCUUCAGUGUGAUUCAAGUGGUCAAAAUGUACCGACGAAGAAAGUUAUACUUCAAAAACAUUUGGAACUGGCUUAUUCUAGCUCUUAUCAUAACUUCUAUAACAUCUGUAGUUCUUCACAUCAUUCGAGAGAAGGCUAUGGAAGACACCAUAAAGGAACUUCAGAGGAACAUUUAUGCCAUGGUCAGCUUCCACAAACCUUUACGUUUGAUGCACUUUGAAACUGCUGCUCUGUCCAUCGUCAUCUUUCUGGCGACAGUUAAGCUGCUGAGACUCCUACGCUUUAGCAAGCAAACAGUAUUUCUGUCGAUAACAGUUCGAUUUGCUGGAAAAUAUUUGUUUUCCUUCUCGUUCGUUUUCAUUAUCAUUUUCUGUUCGUUUGCCAUGUCUGGUAUGAUGGCAUUUGGAUCUGUUGUGGAGUCCUAUUCCAGUUUCCCACGUGCCUGUGUGGCUCAGUUUGAAUUCCUACUCGGAAAGGCUGUGCCCACUUUUCAAAUGGCAAAAGUAAACCCUUUUCUUUCCUUUUUGUUUUCCAUCCUUUACAUUUGCUCUAUGACCCUCUUUUUCCUCAAUCUUAUUAUCGUCAUUUUGAACUGUGCUUUGGAGGAGGUCAAGGAUAAUCUAGAUUCUGUGGUAGAUGAGCUCGACUUGGCCGAAUUUAUGAUAAGUUAUUUAUUCCAAGGCAUUUCUAAUCUAUUUGGCUGGAAAAAACCCAAGAAACUUCACUGCGAAAGAACGACCUUUGAAGACGGGUGCGCCUAUGUUAAGAAAUGUCUUACAGAGAUCGAUCAUAGACUGUUCGUAUUGUCAGAGGACACCUUUCCAACAGAACUUUUGCAGAAAAUUCGAGUAGUGUAUACAUCUCCUUGCCAAACACAGUCUAAGUUGGCUAACAGUGAACCAGGUUCUGACAGCAAAAUACCGUCCUCUCAACAAGA